GAGCGCAGGCGCUACAGGUCUCCGAUAGGGGCGCGAGCAGUAGUCGGACGUCAGCGAGCAAGCGCAGCAGGUCCCCGGCAAGGGACGCGCGCCGCUGCGGGACUCAGCACGCAGGCGCAGGGUCCUCCCUACUAAGGGCUGGUGCCGGCGCGGUAUUAGCGCGCAGGCGUCCCGCCGGGGGCGGAGCCCAAGAAGCGGGCAGUGUAUUUCCGGUUCCGGGAGCAACGAACGGCCGCGGCGGCGACAGCUACCGCUUGAGGAAGAGGCUGCGGAGGAGGAAGAAGAGGAGCAGGGCAAGGCGGGAGUCACAGGCGGGACCGUUGUCAUGGGUCCGCGAACCUAGAGCGGCGGGAGCUACCGGCCCGGUGCCGAACUGGGUGCUGCUGCUUCCCGUGGCCCCAAUGGCUGAAGACUGGCUGGACUGCCCAGCCCUGGGCCCUGGCUGGAAGCGCCGUGAGGUCUUUCGCAAGUCAGGUGCCACCUGUGGACGCUCAGACACCUAUUACCAGAGCCCUACAGGAGACAGGAUCCGAAGCAAAGUUGAGCUGACCCGAUACCUGGGUCCUGCGUGUGACCUCACCCUCUUCGACUUCAAACAAGGCGUCCUGUGCUAUCCAACCCCCAAGGCCCAUUCCUUGGCUGUCCCCAGCAAGAAGCAGAAGAAGCCUUCAAGGCCAGCCAAGGCUCGGAAACGUCAGGUUGGACCUCAGAAGAGUGAGGUCAGGAAGGAGGCCCCAGGGGAUGAGACCAAGGCUGACACUGACACAGCUCCAGCUUCGCUCCCUGCACCCGAGUGCUGUGAGAACUGUGGAAUUAGCUUCUCAGGGGAUGGUAUCCGAAGGCAGCGGCUCAAGACGUUGUGCAAGGACUGCCGAGCGCAGAGAAUUGCCUUCAACCGGGAGCAGAGGAUGUUUAAGCGAGUGGGCUGUGGGGAGUGUGCAGCCUGCCAGGUAACCGAGGACUGCGGGGCCUGCUCCACCUGCCUUCUGCAGCUGCCCCAAGACGUGGCCUCGGGGCUGUUCUGCAAGUGUGAGCGGAGACGGUGCCUCCGAAUUGUGGAAAGGAGCCGAGGAUGUGGAGUGUGCCGGGGCUGUCAAACUCGAGAGGACUGUGGCCGUUGCCGAGUUUGCCUUCGCCCUCCCCGCCCUGGUCUCAGGCGCCAGUGGAAGUGCAUCCAGCGGCGCUGCCUACGGGGUAAACAUGGCCGCCGCAGGGGAGGCUGCGACUCCAAGAUGGCUGCCAAACGGCGUCCCCAAACCCAGCCACUGCCUCCACCUCCCCCAUCUCAGCCUCAAGAAUCCCCAGAGCUGCACCCCAGAGCCCUGGUCCCCUCGCCACCUGCCGAGUUCAUCUAUUACUGUGUAGACGAGGACGAGCUACAGCCUUACACGAAUCGCCGGCAAAACCGCAAGUGUGGGGCCUGUGCAGCCUGCCUGCGGCGGAUGGACUGUGGCCACUGCGACUUCUGCUGUGACAAGCCCAAAUUUGGGGGCAGCAAUCAGAAGCGCCAGAAGUGUCGUUGGCGCCAGUGCCUGCAGUUUGCCAUGAAGCGGCUGCUGCCAAGUGUCCGGGCAGGGUCUGAGGAUGGGGCAGGGUUGCCCCCACCUUACCCUCGUCGAAAGAGGCCUAGCUCUACACGACGGCCCCGUCUGAAGCCCCCCUUGGCCACGCCGACAGCCCGACCAGACCGUGCCCAGACUCCAAUGAAGCAGGAAGCAGGCAGUGGCUUUGUACUGCCCCCACCUGGCACCGACCUUGUGUUCUUACGGGAGGGUGCAAGCAGUCCUGUGCAGGUGCCUGGCCCUGCCCCAGCUUCCAGAGAAGCCGUAUUGCAGGAGGCCCAGUGCCCUGGCCUGAGUUGGGUUGUGGCCUUACCCCAGGUGAAGCAAGAGAAGGCGGAUGCCCAGGAAGACUGGACACCGGGCACAGCCGUCCUGACUUCUCCUGUAUUGCUGCCUGGCUGCCCCAGCAAGGCAGUAGACCCAGGCCUGCCACCUGUGAAGCAGGAGCCACCCGACCCUGAGGAGGACAAGGGAAAGGAGAGCAAGGAUGACUCCGCCUCUGACUCGGCCCCAGAGGAGGAGGCAGGAGGGGCUGGCACACCCGUGAUCACGGAGAUUUUCAGCCUGGGUGGAACCCGCCUUCGGGACACAGCAGUCUGGUUGCCAAGGUCCAAGGACCUUAAAAAACGUGGAGCUAGAAAGCAGUAGACUGGAGGCUUCUGCAGACUGUAGGAUUCAAGUCUGCAGGGCAGGCAAUCGGGAAGGGAAGAUGGACAUAAAGUGUGGGAGACCAAGGACAUAUUGGCGCCCACGAGCACGAGCUGGAACCCACGAGGAUGGCCUGGAACCCAUGUCAGUCUCUCACCACCUCCAACUUCGAUGAUGUGGGUGUCCUGCAGAAGAAGCUGGUGCCCUUCAUCACAGAGUUAAAUAUGCGUCUGGCCCGGGAAUUAGAGAAGCUGAAGGAAGAUUCCGGGGAAGGUGGAGCAGCUGCAGGCCUGGCUGCAGGCCUGCCUGCUGCCCCACACCAACGAGGUGAGCCAGCAGAUAUAUGACAACAUGUGUGAACUGCAACAGCGCCUGGUGCCCCUGCACCAGCCUUUCAAGUGUAAAAACAGUAUGCUGCUGCUUCACUUCUGCCCUCCAAUUAUCACGCAGAAUGUCUCUGGUGGCCCAUCCUAACUGGAAGCAUACAGGGAAGGGAGUUCUGGGAAACAUAGCCUAGUCAAGGUGACACGUUACAAAGCCACCCUGCCAUGAAUCAGCUCCCAAGGGUCUCACUGCUCACCUGAGGAUAACUUGAUAAAGCUACGUUGCUGAAAAUGCAAAGCUGAAGACCAUGGAUUUCAUGGUGACCCCAGCAAGUACAGAAAUUCUCUCAAGCCCACCCAGAAAAAACUUGCUGGUCUCGGCUAUUUUUGUGUCAUUCAAGUAUUGAGAACCCAGCCCAUGGUAGGCACUGUACUUAAUACUAGGAUACAGGAAUGAGAAAGAUAUAGUCCAUACAAUUUUAUUAAAUGCAUCAAUAUGUAUUACAAAUGGUGAAUGGAUUUCCAACUUUAUCAUGGAAUUUAGUGGUGAAAAUAGAGAAUUCAGGAAACUAUCAGGAGGACAGCCCUUGCUUGAACCUUGUUGGGGCACAAUAGGAAUUGGAAAUAAUAUGGUUUCUAUGUCUAAGCUGUUGUAUUUUAAAGUUAUUUUUAAAUGAUUUAUAUUGUCCUAUUUA